UUCAGUGCUCUGCGAAGAAGUUGGGGGGAGUCUCGUCUCGACCUCCAAUCAGAAUAGCUAGUCGCAGCACUGACAGUUAAUAUAAAACCGCAAGACAUCUCUCUAGCUUGCCUGAUGCACACAAUGAUAUGGGACUAAUAAAAAUGGGAGCGGAGGUUGAGUCUCUUGCAGGAUUCCUUGGCGCUGUGAAGUAAACUGGAUUGUCCAGGCGAGCCAACUAUCUAAAUUCCUAUUUGAUGGUCAAGAGCAUGAUGGCGUUUCUCCUGUGUGUUAGUCUGUGGAUGCUCCUGGCUGUCCAUGGCCAGGCCGGAGCCGUGAAGAACUGCCACCCGGGUUGCCACUGUGAGGUGGAGAGCUUCGGCCUGUUCGACAGCUUCAGCCUGACCAGGGUGGACUGCAGGGGAGUGGGCCCUAGCACCAACCCCAUCUCCAUCCCCCUGGACACGGCCCACCUGGACCUGUCCUCCAACUCCAUGUCCCUGCUGACCGACAACAUGCUCUCUGGGCCUGGCUAUACCACCUUGGUCAGCCUGGACCUCAGCAACAACCUUAUCUCCAUGGUCAGUCCCAAGGCCUUGUCCAGGCUGCGCUACCUGGAGUCUCUGGACCUCAGCCACAACUCGUUGGAGGGCCUGGACGAGGGCUGCUUCUCUGGCCUCCCCCUGGCCGAGGUGGACCUCAGCCACAACCACUUCCGAGAGUUUGAUCUGGACAUGUUCAUCACUAAAGAUCACGGAGAGCCAAUCAGCGUGGAUCUGUCCCACAACCGGCUGACAGUGGUCUCCUGGAGUUCUUCUAGGAGCCCCUUACUACAUGUCCAGAGCCUGACUCUAGCAGCCAACCAGCUGAGGGCCGUGCCCAAGCUAAAAGGCAUCCUGCUGAGGGACCUAAGCCUGGAUGGGAACAGUAUCUCCCGCAUUGAGGAGGGUGCUUUUGAGGACCUCAAGGACCUUGUUUACCUGUCCCUCAGUGGGCUUCCUGAGCUCUUUAACAUCCAGCCCAACUGUUUCAGAGGCCUACAGAACCUUCAGCUCUUGGACCUGUCCAACAAUGCCAAGCUAAAAACACUGAGCCCAGCUGUGUUCAGUGAACUUGUGUCUCUACAGGAGCUCAAUCUGUCCAACUCUGGAGUAACGUCAUUGCCAAAUAACAUGCUAAGUCACUUGCCAAUCAUCAAGAGUAUUACCCUGGGCCAGAAUAUCCAUUGUUGGAGGGCUCAAAAGCAGGGCCAGUUUCACAGGCAGCUCGGACAGGAACAGAAACAUGAGGUGCUAACCUGUGACGUUGAAGGGGUUAUCUCGUGAUUGUGUUCGGAUCGUUGCCUUCAGUAUGGACAUCUAGCUAACACAUUAGUGCUAAAACUGUGCCUUAUAUCACUAUAUGCAAAGAACACUUUUUGUUAUUGCCGCCAAUCAGGAUAAUUACUAUUUGAACAGUUUUUGUUUAAAUUCAAAAAUGUGUAUUUUGCUUUUAUUCCAAAGGCCUGAGGUAUUUAUAUAAAUCCACUGUACUAUCAUGUCAUGCUUGCUAUGCAUAAAGCAUGUCUUUCAACUACAGUAACAAGCUAGCAAUAGCAUUGAUGGAUAUUAUAUUAAAACCAUUUCGUUUUUAGGAUCUGGAAAUAGAAACAGACCUCAGCCACUUGGGAAAAUACUGUUAUAUUCCAUAACAAUCAUCAGAUCAUUGAAGUAUACACAUUACUAUGCAAGGACCACUCUUAUUUCAGAACGAAAGGUCUUAUGUAGAGUAUAUAGUUAAGUAUGUCUAUCAUAGGAAGCUGGUGGGAGGAGCUAUAGGAGGACGGGCUCAUUUUAAUGGCUGGAAUGGAAUAAAUGAAACCGUAUCAAUCAAUUUCAUUUUUGAUACCGUUUCAAUCAAUUUAAUCAACGGUAUCAAUCAAUUUAAUCAAAUGUAUUUUUAAAUCCCUUUUUACAUCAGCAGAUGUCACAAAGUGCUAUACAGAAACCCAGCCUAAACCCCCAAACAGGAAGCAAUGCCGAUGUAGAAGCACAGUGGCUAGGAAAAACUCCCUAGAAAGACAGGAACCUAGGAAGAAACCUAGAGAGGAACCAGGCUCUGAGGUGUGGCCAGUCCUCUUCUGGCUGUGCCGGGUGAAGAUUGGAAACCACAUUUGACUGUUCCAUUUAUUCCAUUCCAGCUGUUACAAUGGGCACAUCCUCCUAUAGCUCCUUCCACCAGCCUCCUCUGAUGUCUAGUUUUAUUAAGUCGACGCAUUCUCCUGCUAUCUUGCUCAGUCAUGUUUACAUGGUCUAAGACCUAGAAGCCAACAUUGUCUGUUCUGUUUCAAAGAGCAGUUGAGGUUGAAACUGAGGUUGAAAUGUGGUCUGAACAAAUCAAUGCAUAAACACAUUUCUGAAUGUCACCCAGGGGUUUUCGCUGCUCCGUUAUUGAAUCAGUUUCUCAUGACCCUGACCAUUCAUUUCAAAACAUAAAACGGUCUCCUUGUACUUGUAUUAGACACAGACAUGUUUUGUCCUGUAUUUUCAUAUCUCUUCUGACAGAGAAGUGUGUUUUAACUGAAACACUAUACCACAUGUCAUUUGAUACAUUGUAUUAUUCACCCUACUUUGAAAUAUUGUAUAUGUCGUAGCUAUUCUACAGCAUCGACUUUGGAUCUACAUUGGCCAAAAUCCUUCAGAUAUUCUGUCCAACAACAACUGCAUGUUUGAACACCUGCCUUGGUUGCUAUCCCUGUGGUAUAAUAUGGACCGAAAGAGACAAUCAGCCUCAUAACUGCACAUGAGCUGGUUCGGAUGUUAAACUUCUGCGUAAAGAUUGUAUAUUUCUUAUUGAUAGUGUACAAAACAUUAAGAACAUCUUCCUAAUAUUCAGUUGCACCCCUGACCCCCCUUCUUCUUGCCCUCAGAACAGCCUCAGUUUGUCGGGGCAUGAACUCUACAAGGUGUCAAACGUUCCACAGGGAUUCUGGCCCAUGAUGACUCCAGUGCAUCCUACAGUUGUAUAAAGUUGGCUGGAUGUCCUUUGGGUGGUUGAACAUUCUUGAUACACACAGAAAACUGUUGAGGGUGAAAAACUCAGCAGCGUUGCAGUUCUUGACACAAGCAGGUGCCCCUGGCACGUACUACCAAACACCGGUCACAGGCACUUAAAUAUUUUGUCUUGCCCAUUCACCCUCUAAAUGGCACAUGUACACAAUUAAUGUCUCAAGGCUUAAAAAUCCUUCUUUAACCUGUGUCCUCCCCUUCAUCUACACUGAUUUGAAGUAGAUUUAACAAGUGACAUCAAUAAGGGAUCAUAGCUUUCACCUGGAUUCACCUGGUCAGUCUGUCGUGGAAAGAGCAGGUGUUCUUAAUGUUUUGUACACUCAGUUAUAACUUUUUAUAAAUGUAAAAUAAAUUGAUUAUUCUCGCACUGACA